AUGGCAGGAAUGAUACAAGGCGUUUUACCGAUGUUCGAUGGUAAACAUUACGAUGAUUGGUGUGUAAAAAUGGAUGCCAUCUUGGGUUAUCAAGAGGUAGAUGAAGUUGUCAAGAAAGGUUUUAAAGAACCUGCAAAAGGAGAUUCGGAGGAAGUGAAGAAAAGCUACAAAGAAACCAAGAAACUUGAUUGCAAGGCUCGCAUGCUAAUACAUCAGUGUGUUUCUCCGGCCAUUUUCCAAAAGAUUUCGAAAGCAGCCACGGCUAAGGAAGCAUGGGACAUACUCCAAGAGGGAUAUGGAAAUUCUGGAAAAAUUAAGGAGGUCAGGUUACAGUCAUUGCAAAGACAAUAUGAGCUCCUUAGUAUGGAAGCACAAGAAACGAUUGAAGAAUAUCUUGGAAGAAUUCAGGUCGUGGUAAAUGCAAUGAGAGGUUGUGACAAGAUUGUGAAAGAAAAGAAGAUUGUACAGAAAAUUCUGAGAACACUGACGCCUCAGUUUGACCACAUUGUUGUGGCUAUUACAGAAAGUAAGGACUUGGAAAAGCUAAGAGUUGAAGAACUGCAGAAUUCACUUACAGCACAUGAACAACGAUUGUUAGAAAGAAAGGCAGCAGAGAAGAGUUCCACACAAAACACGAACCAAGCUCUACAGGCUAGAGGUGGACAAAGCUUCAAGAAUCGUGGAAGAGGUAGAGGCAGAGGUCGUGGUGGUCGAACUGGAGGAAGAAUGAAUGUUUCGGCUGAACUGUCCAAAGACGAGAAUGGCAACGAACAGAAAGAAGGAAACAGCAGGGGAGGAAGAAAGUCUAGAGGAAGAGGAUGA